UGGACUCCGUGUCCCAUGGAGCGCUGCGGGGGGCUCGGUGCCCGGCCCGCGGCCCCGGCAGCUGGCGGCAGGGCGGCUAGUUCAAGUUGCCAUAGCGGCGAGGUGAGGCAGGCGGAAGGUGUUGGAGGACCGGGCGGCUUCGCCUCGGAGCGCUGUGCGGUUGGUCAUGAGAACAAAGAGGAAUGCUUAACCAUAAAUAACUUCAAGAUACUGAUGGCAGAUUCAUCCAGUGAUUCAGACAACUUUCUUACGAGUCGAGCAGGAAGGCAGCCUUUGAGAGCAUCCCACAGCAGAGCUCAGAACUAUGGUGCUGAAGAAUUUACAGAGAAGAUCCAUACUUUAGCAAGCACUUUGCAGGAUACCAACAGAAAUUUAAGACGUGUUGACCAUUUGCUAGGACAAUACAGAGACUACAACAAGGAACAAACCAAAGCAAUAACAACUUUAAAAGAAACACUGGAACAAUCUAUAGGUCAAUUAAGGAGUCAGCGACUAACACGAAACUUUGGAAUGAGAAGUGCAUCUCUCUCAAGCUUAUGUCCCAGUGACCUGGAUGGAGAAGGAAUUUCAGGGAACCGCCACUUCCUGCCCACUUCUCCUCUCAGGACUUAUGGAGACUCCCAGGGCAAUAAACAUCGAAGGWCUAGAUCUGCAAAUGUUCGAUUUGUCAAUGAGGCGGAUAAUGUGGACCAGCUCCAUUCUUUCCACCAGUCUCUUCGAGAUCUCAGCAGUGAGCAAGUUCGCCUGGGAGAUGACAUCAGUCGCGAGCUUUCAAGAAGAAAUCGGACUGAUGCUGAAUUAAGAAAGACUCUGGAAGAAUUGUCUGAAAAGCUCACAGAGUCCCAAAGACAAGAAACGGUAUCAGAACGGGUAGAGAGAAGACUUCAGGAGAUAGAAGAAGAAAUGCGUGCUGAAAGACAGCUCAUAGAAAGGCGCCAGGACCAGUUGGGACACAUGUCUCUUCAAUUACAAGAGGUUUUAAGAAAGCAAGAUGCUAAAGCAGAUGAAACAGAAGAAGUUAUGAGAAACAAACUUGUGAAAUAUGAAAGUGAAAAGAACCAGCUUCAGCAGGAAUUGGAGCAGUCCCGGAAAAAGUUGAGUGAAUCUGAAGGCAAUAGAGAAGCUCUUUUGCAUCAGGUUGAGGAUCUUCGUUCCCAACUUUUGAGAGCAGAAGAAGACCGUGUAGAAUUGCAGCAUCAAAUUUCAUAUGCUGCAAUGCAUCGCCAGAGCUACCAGGAUGCACAAGAUGAUGACAGGAGAAUUAGAGCAGUAGCUGAAAGAUAUGAGAGAGAAAAGCAAGAUCUGGAGAAACAUAUUUUGGAGCUUAAAGCAAAGCUGAGUCAUAAUGCUGUAAUGUCAGAGGUAGAAGAACUAAAGAGAUGUAUAGAGCGUAAGGACAAGGAGAGAGCACAGCUUGUAACACACAUACAGGUGUUAACAUCUGACCUGGAAAACAGGGAGAAGCAGCAGGAAAAAAUGCUGGACCAGCUAAAGGAGAUACAGAAUUGCUACAAGGCUUGUGAGAAUGGACGUAGACAAACUGAACUCCAUUCUGCUGAGUUAGCUCAACAGGUUGAAGAGAGUACUAAGGAAGCAGAACGGUAUCUCACUGAAUUCAAACAUUCAGAGGCACUCAGGCUGGAGACUGAAAAAAAAAGAGAAGAUUUGAAGGUGAGAGCACAGGAAACCAUCCGCCAAUGGAAGCUGAAGUGUAAGAAACUAGAUCGUGCGAUAGAAAAACAAAAUGAAACUAUCAAUGAACUGAUGGACAAGAAUAGUCAGGCCCUCAAGGAAAAGGAUGAUCUCAAAAGUCAGCUUCUCUCAGCUAUAAACCAAAUAGAAAACUUGCGGAAAGAGCUGAAUGAUGUGCUUACAAAGAGAGCCCAGCAGGAAGAACUCCUCCACCAUAAAGAGGUAAAACUGAAUGAAAUGGAGUCACACCAGGUAUCUCUUGAAGAAGAGAUCAAAGAAGUUCAAGGUACUGUAAAAAAAYUGGAGAAUGAGUUGAAAAAGCAAGUCUUUCUACAAAAUCAAAUGCAAUCUGAGAAAGAACACUUGAAGAAAGAACUUGGAAGUAUUAACUUGUUCCAUAAAAAAGACCAAGAACGACUGCUAGAGAUGCAAGCAGAUGUAAAAAAUUUAAGUGCUGUACGUGUGGAACUAACAAACAGACUAGCAGAAGAGGAGAAAGCCAAAAAGGAAUUACUUAAGAGCCUCUCAGAUCUCCAGAAACAGCAGGARUCUAGUCAUGAAGAGAUGACUUCAGCUAACAGGCAGCUGAAGAUGGAAAGAGAAGUUCACCAACGGGAGUUGGCAGAUCUCAGAUCAGAGUUACAAAAUAUGAAAAUCAAACAUGAACAAAAUGUUCAAGAACUCAUGAAACUCUUAAAACAAGAAAAGGAUAAUGCAGAGGCUCAAAUUAGAAUGCUAAAGAUGGAACUUUCAGAAGAGAAAAACAUAGUUAAAUCUCAGUGUCGACAGCUGGAAAAGGCAAAAGUUGAAUGUGAUAAAUUGACAGAAGAAUUAACCCAAAAUGAAGAAGAAAAUAUAAAACUAAAACGGAAAUGUGAGCUUGUAAAGGAAGAACUGGAGAAAAAGGAAAAACAGAUCAGCAAUGAAGAUCAUUUGAGAAAGAUGAGUGAGGCCAGACUGCAAUUUAAAGAUCAGCUGCAUCACUUAGAAAUGGAACAACAAUCCAUUCUGUCCAUGAUAGGAAGUGAAAUUGAUGCUGCUUGUGAAGUCUUUUCUCGGGACUCCAUGGAGAAAUUCAAAGCAAUAUCCCUUACACCAACAGCACAGAAUGAUCCUCAUCUCUGGUUAGCAGAAGCAAAGACUAAGCUUCAGUGGCUGUGUGCAGAGGUAAAGGAAAGAGAAAGUAAGGAGAAAAAGCUUCGAUGCUACUUACUGCAAAGCCGAGAACAGCUCAAGCACUUUACACAGAUGAAGGAGACUGAACAUCAGUCUCUCUUUAAACAGAUAAAAAAACAAGAAAAACUUUUGGAAGAAGUUCACAGAGAAAAAAGAGAGCUACUAGAGAAGACACACAGAAGAGAGGAAGAAAUGGGAGCUCUCCAGGAACGUAUUAUGGCCUUAGAAAUGAGUACCCGAGUAGUUUUAGACCACCUGGAGUCUGUGCCAGAGAAACUGAGCCUGUUAGAAGAUUGCAAAGAUACUGGAGAACCCCAUUGCCGAAGGGAGAUGAUUGAAGAAAGGUAUGCGAAGUAUAAAGACAUAGUGAGUUCUUUACAGCAACAGCUGGAAGAUUCAAAGCAAAGAGUCCAGCAAGUCAAGGAUGCGAAAAUGGAUGCUGAAAUAUCUGGUAUAGAAGUGGCUGCUCACUCUUCUAGUUGGCGAACUCAAAACAGCUUUUUGUGCAGCUCACUGCUCUCAAAUUCAAGUUCACUUGUGAAAGGGUUGGUUCCUUUGGAUACGAGUACCACCAAGGAAGAUUCUACUAGUGUUGCUGCCAGUGAAAGGAAGCUGCAAGCAGAAGGAGGAAAGCAGUAGAACAUUUUACAAAACCACACCAGUUUUCUCUGUGGUAAAUUCCAUUCCACUCUUUUUUUGGUUUUGAACAGUAGUAAUUCCAUCUGCUAUAGGAGUGAUGCACCCUUAAUGAUUCAGCAAUUGCCAAACACUCAAACRAAAGAGCACCAAGAGUGAUCGGGAUGAACUCUUAUGAUAAUUUAGGUGACUUGUACACCAAAGGCUUUCUGGGAAUUUGCUAUUCUCUUGUAUUUGUUAUUGCAAUCCUCCUAGACUAAAUUUAUUGCAUUUCUGAAAAAAGRUAAAGUGAAAUACCUGUGGCAAUUAUCUUUGCUAUGAUCUUAUUUACCCGCGUACAGAAACUGUUCUGACAUUUGUUUUUUUAUUUUUUAAUAACAUUAUUAAUAAUGAAAAAUAUUCUGAAACUACCUAUUAUUAUGAGAGUCAUUAUACAGUGUUGUACAGACACAUUUGUGAUUUUAGGUCCUUCAGUUUGAACAAAUCAUUUAAGAAAGAAGUGAUAAACAAAACAAAAUUUUCUCAAAGCUAGUAAAAAUUCAUAUCUUGGUUACAGGUUCAGCAUAUAUGURUUACAAAGAAUUACUCCUUUGGCCAGAACAGUUUUAUCAGAUGGCCUCUGGUAAGGCACUUUAAAGAAUCUGAAUUUCACCCAUCUGUAUCAAGUGUUUUGAAGGGCACUUCUUUGUGGCUGUGAAAAUUUUAAUAGCAGGGUUGAAUGUUCAUUUAUUUAUUCUGUUUUGUUCUCUGUUAGAGAAGAUAUGUCAUAUUGAUUGUAAAAUAUUAUGGAAAUACAAUAUUGCACAUUUGUAUUUGUUCAGCUAUCUCAAUUCUAAACAAAUUGGACACAAUUUUGCAUUACAGUGGUCUCAAAGAGCAAAUCACAGAAGAAUUUUCUGCUGUCUAAAGAAAUGCAGGUGUUUCUGAUGGUUCUUGUUUUUUUCUCCUCUCAACCRCUUCUGGCUGGAUCACUGCUAGUGUGCCUUAAACGAUUUGCCAAAUCUGUCGGAGUACUGUAGCAAUAUUAACACCAUUCAAACCAUUUUGUUUUGCAGACUCCUGUCAUAUUUAGGAAGCCUAUUUCUUCUGUCAUUUUUUAGCACUGUAGGUGUCUCAGGCAUUAUUCACAAGUCACGAUGUGCCAACUCAAAAGAGGACUUUUUUUUUUUUUCUUUCUAUUUUUCUCUCUGAUGAAGUGUUCUGCACCCACUCCCUAGUGGGUUCUCUGGACAGUGUAUUUCCUUGACAAUCACCUUGUAUUCAACCUAUUUCAAACAGAACAACAUGCUGAGAGCAUCAAAAUCAGACACAGAAAUGAGAAAAACAUUGAGUUCUUUCUCUGUUCAUUUUCUGUGAACUUAAAUUGCUUAAAUUUUUUCUUAAAAAUCUGAUUUGGUUAAAAACAUCUCUACCUCUUGUUGUGUAUUGUCCUGUGCAUGGUAGUUAUGUYAUUGGCUUUUCACAGACUUCUGGGACAUCUCAGCAAAACCGGCAUAUCCACCUCUUGUGAUCUCAACAGCCAUGACAGGGACAAGAAAAAAGCAGCAAAUAAACUUCUCUCUACAAAGAGUGUGGAUGUCAUGAAACAGUGUUUAGCUCAUGCCACAAUUACCAUAAACUAAACUUACUUUAAGUGGAUCCAACAUUUGUAAUUUAUUUUUUAUUGGAUCAGAGCAGAGCUGGAAAUAUGGCAUUUAAAAUAUUUUAACUGGUUUGUCUGCUAAAACAUUAAAAAAUUGCAAAAUGAAAUGUCAUCAGCUUGGAGGCUUUAUGAUACCUAGAAAUUAUGGCCAAAACAUAGAAAGGUCACUUUAAAAUAUAUUAUGAAACAGUAAAUCAUGCUCUCAAAACACUGUAUGUUGUAACAAGGUCUGGUGCAUGGACUGCUGAUGGAUAAAUGUAUGCUCUACCCAAUUUACUGAAGUUUAAAUGUUUUUUUUUGAGGUAAAAGUGCCUGUUGGUAAAUGAAUGGGGCUUUAAGAGUCUCAGCUGAGAAGUAAUACCAGAAAUAUAAUGUCCUCUCUUUUCCUAAGGAAUUUGUAAAAUUCUUACCAUUUUAUAUAUUUUUACAUUUUUUCCUAACUUGUGACUUAGAAAUCUGAAGUAUAUUUUUUUAAAACAGGAUCACUACUGCUUUAUAUUGUUGGAAAACUAAGCAUAAACAGUCUGAUUUCCCUCACUAUUACAUCAAGUACUGAAUCUGAUUUUUGAACUCUACAGGACAGAAAUUACUGCUGAGUGAAUAAUUUUGGCAUUAAGAUUCUAAAUGUGUUCAGUGCACCAGUACAUUUGCCUUUGGCCUUGUGACUGAGUUUUCAGUGGAGUUUUAUAUCCUUUUAUAAAAUUUUCUAAAAGGGCUGGAAGAACAGAAGAGACGUCAAACCACACUAAAAAAAAAAAAAAAAAACCAGCAACAACAAAAAAAGGAAUUUUUACUGAGUAGACUUAUGGACUCCAAAACCAGGAAAUUCUUUCUUAAAUUUAUCCUCUUGGCAUGGCAGUCUAGAUAGCAUGUAAUAUUUGUCUCUCUUCCACCUUUGGUGGAGGUUCAUAUUACAAAGUGAAUUUUGUUUCCUCUUUACUGAAGGCUGUAGUUCCGUUCAUGACAUUAUGUGAAACUGUCCCUUUGUGGUUUAAGAAAUAAUAUUUUUUCCAUAUUGGUCUGAAAUAAUACUCUUCUGCACAGUUUCAGUUUUUAAAGUAGAAAAGCAGAUAAUUUUUAAAUAAAAAACUUUUGUAUAUUUCAUAUUUCUUUAAAAUUGCUGAUCCUUUUGGUAGCCAGAUUUUUUUAUACUUUAACCCUUUAAUGACACACAGAAAAUGAUGGAUUAUUUCUUUUUUCUGUUUAGCAUUAGGCAAAUCAGGCAAUUUUUAAUGUAUKUACUAAGUACAUACAGAUUUAGUAAGCUAAUAUCGGGCAUUCUUUUUUUUUAAUGCUGUACUGAAAUACAGUGUUUCAAUAUUGUGCUUUCAAAAGUGCACUGGCCCUCUAUUUCAGCAUCAAAUAGUUGACACAUGAAUAAGCUAUACAUUUUAUGCCCUUUAGUUCCUUAAUAUUUUACAGUAGACUUGAGAGUACUUAAUUACUUUUGAGAUURUAUUUACUAAAUAGUCAAAAUAAUUUAUUUUCAUUGUGUAAUUAUGUCAUCCUAAGAAAAAUUGUUGAAAAUAAAAUAGUCCAGUAUAAAAAAAAAAAAAUACAGAGUAAAACAAUGCAAUUUUCUUACAUUUGCUUCUCAAAUUUUUGAUGGAAGCCAGUCUUCAGUGAUGGUGAAAGAACUCUUUAGAUAUUCAAAGCUCAGCCACAUCCUUACUAACUGUUCCAGCAGAGUAAAUAAAGCAGAUAUAUGAAAAUCCCAUACAGCAAAGAAACUACUGUUCUAAAAUCCAUUUCUGAGCUAAAGAAUCUGCGUAUCAGUUCAUCCAUGGUUUACAAGGCAUAGUCUCUGCACUGUGUUGCACUGAAUGGUUUUUCGUGAAUGAAAAUGACAGUAUUAUCCUGAUAAAAUUUUUUGGGCUAAAAAUGAGAAGUAUGCAACCUGGAUACUUUCUCAUAUGUAUAACAUGCARAAAAAAAUUAUUAAUAAAUUAUGUGGCACUGCUUGUUACAGUCUCAUUUUACUUUGACUUUGACACACUACUUGUGUUAAACUCCUCAUGCUUGCAGUGUGUUAGUAACAAAUUUAUAUCUCUCUAAGCCCUCUUCACCCCACAGAAGUAAUGGAUACUGAAGUCAGUGUGAGCUACAGGUCAGGAUCUGGCAAUAAGGCAUUUUCAAAAAUGGAUUUGCAGCAGGGCAUCACAAAAAUUCCUGUGGUUUUGGUCUUAAUUGAAGAGUUUAGAAGCAGUUGUAGAGGAAAAAUAGCAAUAGAAGGGAUGUAAAACAGUUCAUGAUUAAAGUUACACAACACUUUCAUUCUUGAUGUCUUAGCUUAAAAACUGCCUUAGAUCUACUGUUUACAUCUGAUUAAAAGUGAUCCCUAAAUAAAAUUCCAUCUUGUAUAAUUUUUUUUUACAUGCUACAGUAUGUUGUACUUUAGCUCAACUCAUCUCAACUCUUUACUGUAAGCAUGUCUAGGCUGUUGUGAGUAUGAACUUACUUGGUUUUCUAUGUAAAUAAUUAGAUUUUAAAUCUGAAGAAUAUUUUAGUGCUCCACAUAGGAGUACAACAGAGGAGAAUCUGAUAACCAAGAUAUUCAAAAAUCUGUAAUGUCUCUGGGAAUAUUGACGAGAAAAAUGAAGGAGACUGCUGUGGUUAAAAUCCAGCAACAGCCUUCAUUUAUCAUUUGUGCUCACAACAAUAGCUCUCCUGUUUCUAAAGCCGAAGUUGCACUUCUGUCAUUUCUCUGACUGAAAUAAUGGGGGUUUCUUCUCUCUUUCCCUAAUAAUGGCAAAAUCUGUAGAGUGAAAAUAUGUGGUGAUGAUAUUUUUUAAUUUCUAGUCAUUUUAUUUAGGAAUCUACUGGGUGCUAUUUGUAACUAAAUGCUUUAGUUAAUGUGGUUGUUAAAAUGCUUUUGUUAAAUUUUAUUUAAAAACAACAACUGCGUAGAGAUACUUAUUUUAGGAUAAUUUUGCCUUUUAUUUUUUAGGGACAUAGCUCCUUAAUAGGUGUUUUGUGUAAGUGCAAUGGUUGUUCUUGAGUUCUCUGUUAUUUUCAUCUGUCUUCAGACCAGAGUUGUUUUGAUCUUGGACUACUUUUCUCAUCUGCCAUCUGCAGUGCACUAGUAUGUCAGAAGAUAUACCAUCAUUUCAUCACUUACCCUUUGUCAAUAAUUUUGGUAGUUGAUAUUCCCAGGAAUUACAUUAGUGUUAAAGGCAGUUGUUUCUUAUGAACUCUUUUCAUAUGAGUUCUGCCACUCUUACUUGUUUACUAAAAUAAAAGCUACUUAGUAAAUGGACUAACAUCAGGUCACUUGCUGUCUAAUUUUGAAGAUUAUUCCACAGGCCAAAGUAAAUGUGUCUUACUACAUUUGUCUAGAUUUUCUAGCUGCCAGCAUUGAUUCUACUAUCAGUUUGUAGAAGGAAAUGGUACAGGAUUGCUGCAAUUACCCUGAAAUCUUAUUGAUUCAAGGCAAAAAUGAGACUACAACUAAUUUAGGACAUCUAAGUGCUUAGUCUAGAACCUAAAAUACUCGUAUUACAAAGUGUAUUUCUUCAGUGUGUUAAUAUCAAAUCACCUGCAUUAUAACAGUUGCUGACAUCUAAAAUAUUUCUGAAAAGUGACCCUGAAAUUUGCUAAAGAUGAUCAAAAGGAUUUUUGUGUCGCUCACAUUGUUAAACAAGCAUGAAACUGGGAAGCAGCCCAAUUUAUGUUCUGGCAUGAGGCUCUUCACAGAAACCACCAGUGACACAGUUUUGUACUUAGUGUGGAAAGUGAUGAAGAUGAGCUGUGUUUUGCUGCUGGCCAAGAGAACAGUUUACAUCUGUUGCUGUUUGGUGUAUGGAGCUCGACGAGUGUACCAUUUUUACUGAGGCUUUCACUGCCGGGUACAGCACUGACAGCACCAUUUCAUUCAAASAGCGGCCACCAUGAAGACAUCAUGUAGCUGGCAGAACUUUUGUUUCAUGUUUUAACUAACAGAACGUCAACAAGUCCAUCAGAAACCUUGAAGUUGUUUAGUCUUCACUGGAGCAGUCUCCAGCGCAGUCUUACAGCUAGAAAAUGCAGAAACCUUGGUCAGUGUGAGCAAUAUCAGCAGGGAGGCUCGCUAGCCAUGGAAGGUGAAUCCAUUAAUAUGUUGUCCAUUGAUCAAUUAGAGGUCUGUAAAUUAAGAAAAACUAAUCUAUGAAGUUUUUAAAAGUGAGAUAAAUURUUCUUAUUUCAUAGUGAAAAAUAAUUCUGUGAAAAUGGAAAAAUGAAGUACCAAAGUCAAGAUGUACUUAAUUUUUCCAGAAUGUAAGUAUUUUCUUAAACUUCUCUAGGGUGACAGCCUUUUAUAAAGGUAAAAUGAAGCUCUGGAUAAGUUAAUCAACAAACAUCAGCCCCGCUUAGUGUCAUUUGAUGUGUGAGACUUGCUCACUUUGAUUUAGACUUAACCAUGCUUAAGGAAAAUCUGUUAUGUGUGCUGUGCACUGAAUAGCAAAGUUGAAAUAGUUCCAUUGGAGACAGCUGAUGUGCUACAGAAGGAAUACUAGCCCUUGCAGUAUAUUUUAACAAAUAGAUCAAAUGUUCAAAUUUCUGCCAUGGUAUUAUAUUACCAGAAAAAAGCAGCAAAUAGAAAAAUAUUUAGACUUUAGGUAAGAGUGUGAAUGCAAUAACAGUGUAUUACUGAGGGUUUGAAGGUGUAUCACUUUUGAGGCUGACAGUUCUAUAUUUGCUUAAUAGCAAAUGCUGAUAUUUUUUUUUUUUCCUUGGAGACUGUGAGAAGAAAAUGUUAUUCACUUUUCAGUUCUGGAAUAAGUUUUGCUAUUUCAUGCUGUCAGAUUCUGUUUAAUUUGGGGUUAGCUAAAAAACAAAAAAAAACCCAGCUAAUUCUCAUACUUCAUUACAAGCAGAUCUAAUUAAGUUAGUUGGUACAUGAGCCAUUUUUCUCCAGAUCUUUUGUUUUCAUUUCAUUUGAAUAAAAUACAGUGGGUUUUUGCAUUUAGUGUCCUAAAACUGGAACAGUUUUAGUGAGCUAGCAUUUAAGUUGGGACAUUCUAAAACUAAGAUUGCCCAGGCAUUUCAGACAUAUGACACUGAACAUAUUACAUUAUAUUUCCCAGUCAACUAUUGUCACUGCAGUAAAGUAUAAAGUAACCACAAGGAAUCUGCAGAAUUUCAACAAAUUAUAUCAAUGUAGAAUGUGUCUCUGUGCUGGUGUGAAGUCAGAAAGGUUGCUUUAAUACUUCUAAACCUUAAUGUUAAUGUAAUAGAAAUGUUAAUAGUGGAAUGAAAUUCUUUAGCACUGAAUUGUUUCUUGACUUGGAGUCCUUCAAAGUUAAGYGAGCAGUCCAGCUCUUCAUACAUAUUCAAGUUCACCUUACUAUAGUAACCAGAACUAUUUCAGUUUCCUUCAAACCUGAUUUCUGAAAUGUAAAAGUGUGUUCAGACUUUUAAUAACUAUGUAGGCAUCAGGUAUAUCCUGUUCGCAUAAUUAUGUAUCUUUCUUAUAGAUAUUGACAUGUUUAAACAUGUUCAUACACUGUAAAAUUUUACUSGUCAAAAAGAAAAUUAAUCCUUUUAAGCUUGGAAAUCGUGACUGCAGUAAAGAUAGCAGAGGCCUUGUCUGUAAUGUCAGUGGAGUUACAACUUCAUGCUGAAUUUUAGAAAAGGGGAGAGAAAUAUUUUCUUAGUCCAUUUCUUUGUUGCAUUGUGGAGGUCUCUAAGUCUACAACAUGUGUUGGCCAGGUGAGCAACAAGUACUUGCUGGAAAACAUAUGAUCUUAUGAAAAUAAUUUGAUAGCAAGCUGCAAAACAUUGGAAUAAUUUGACAUAAUGUCAUUUUUAUAAUUUAGAUUUUUUAAAAAUCUGAGAAAUUACAUUUUGAGUUCAUUUAGAUUCUUUCAURUUUUCAAGAGGACUAGAUCAAAGUUAAUUAUAUAGUGAAAACCACUGUACUUCUGAAUAUCGUCAAUAUAAUCUUAUGAAAUUUGAAAAAAUCUGAAAUAUKGCAGCUCUUUGUUCUACCCUAAUGUGGUCUACUACAGCUUUUUCAAAAUAAUGAAGCCAUCUCCAAGGAGAGAUAGUUCACCUGUACUGUGUAUCGAUUGUAUAUCACUCUUGUGACUAAAUGUUUUGUUUCUCAUCAGUUUUUUAACUGAUCUAGUAAUUCAUUGAGUACCCCAGAUGGGAAUUUUUAUGUGUGUAGGGAGAAGCUAAUUAUAUCUUACAUCUAAAUGCAAACAAUAUUGGUAGGGAUUUUUUUUUAGCAAAACACUCAUAAAAUAAAACCAGUUUUGGCUUUUUUUGUCCUGUGAUGUUUUUGCUCCAAGAUAGCUUCAGAAAGUGUUUGCAGUCCACUUUUUCCAUUAUCUGCCAUCUUCAAGGUGGAAAAAAAUCCAACUUGACUGCCUUGAGAAUUACAUAAUGAAUUUAAAAAUACAGAAUCAUAGAAUCAUUUAGGUUAGAAAAUAAUCAAGUUCAACCAAACUACUGCUUGACUGCUACUUCCUGUAAAUCACAUGGAUGCACAUAAAACUAAGUCUACAGGUUGGAUUUUCAGAACACCUCAUGCUGGUUUAGGAACAAUGCAUUAUAGAAAGGAGGAGCUGUUUCCAUGUUGUUGUGAUGUACAGAUCCUUACCAACCUGUGAAGCUUGAAGCACUUGGUUACACACAAGGUGUGACUUGUGUCUCACCAGAACACCAGAUUUAUUGUUGAGUUGCUGCAUUGACUUCUGAAUACCUGUGCCUGAUUUAUACCCAUAUGAAGCCAGAAUCAAAUCUCAUGUAUAGAGCCUAAGUACCAAUCAAACUACUAAGUGCUGAGAUCUUGUCAAGUUGAUUGCAGAAUGAGGUAUAUGAAGGCUGUCUUUUAUGCUCUGAGUAUGUUGUUGCAAACUGAGAGCUUGGCACAGUCUGCAGGUAUGUUUAAGUUUGGUUAAGGCUCUACCAGGAAAGUUCAUAUGUUAAUUUAACGUCAACAUUUGAACCUACUUUCUGCAAUUAGGCUAUAAAAUGUUAGCCAAUGAGGCAGUAACAAAAAUAUCAAGCUACAUUACUCUUGCUGACUUGGGACUUACUCCAAGCAAUUCCUGAAGGCAGGGUUGCAAGUCUUUAUUGCAUCUCAGGAGAUAGUACCUUUGCAGGUUCAAAGUUGCUAGCUGUACUUGUAAUUUAAAGUGUAACGCAAAAACUUGUCAUUUUUGUAAGCUAACAUAAUAAAUUAUUUUU